AAGGAAGACAUCAUGGCGGACGAUAACUUUUGCGCUCUAUCGAAGAAGGUUAUUAGGAAGAGUGUGCCUCCGACAUUUUAAUUCGGUGAGCCUGUGGUUUUUGGGAGUUUCCUUUGGUUGAGGUUGAAAUGGGUGGCAAACCGAGCACCCCAGCACCGCGAAUGCGGACAUAUUCGGGCAGUGGUGCUGGCCCAAGUGGCGGGCCUGAUAUUGCAGUUGGGGGGUCUAGCGGUUCGAGCAGUUCGAGGGCUCGUGCGCGAAGCUUGGGAAGUUUUCAGACGGGUAAUAGUCCACAUACAAACUCAUUGAAUAUACCGACAAGUAACGGGGCUGCCAGGGGCACGAGCUCGCCUGAUUCGGACUCCAGCACCCCUGACGACAUCAACAUCUCCUUUGGUGGCCGUGGUUUUCCUCAAUCUCUACCAGUGCAGCUGAUAGCUCUCCAAGGUAUAAAGUGUCCUGUCUGUUCAAAGUUUGUUCCCCCGGAGGAUAUUGAGUGUCAUUUGGUAAUAUGUCUGACAAAACCACGAAUCAGCUAUAAUGAAGAUGUGCUCACAGAGGACAAAGGAGAAUGUGUGAUAUGUUUUGAUGAUCUUCAGCAAGGGGAUACAAUUGCCAGAUUACCCUGUCUUUGUAUAUAUCAUAAGGCGUGUAUUGACCGGUGGUUUGAGGUGAAUAGGUCAUGUCCAGAACAUCCACAAGAUUAACAGGAGGGGCACGAGGGGUGGCAUCAUCUGUCAACACACACGUUUGGGGAUGAAUGUCAUCCUGGGGUUAAGAAUGAAGACUACACCUGUGUGGAUAUGUGCUUCUCAUCUGUGCCCAGGGUGAUUUUAAUUCUCAGAACGUGUUUAGAAUUAGCCAUGUGCUACACUACAGAUGGUAUUUAAAACUAGCCAUGUGCUACACUACAGAUGGUGUUUCAAAUUAGCCAUGUGCUACACUACAAAUUGUGUUUAGAAUGGAGAUGACACUGUGCAUGUAAAAAAAAUUGUGCAACUCCUCAUGAACAUUUCAGAUGAGUACUGGUGAAGCCCUCAGAAGAUGUUGUAUAUAUGUAUAUGUAUGUAACCAAUGACUCAGUGUGAUGCAUCUUGAUUUUAUGGUACAUAUAAAAGAAAAAGACUAUAUUUAAAACAAGCACUAUAGCUUGCCUCAGCUGUCUGAUAAUGAGCUGAAGAGAAUGCUCUGUAUAAAAGAGCAUUUUUGUUGUUCUGUCUUUCGGGUAGGGGGACCAUAUUGAAUUUCUAGUUAGCCACAUACACCUUCUGGUGUGAAGAUGUGUGGGACAAGACAGUUUAUGAAUUUCUUGAGACUUGAGAUCAUAUGAUGACGCCAACCAGCCAGCCAACAGACCUGUGUCAGUGUUGACAUCUCUUGGUAUAUACAGUGGUUUGGUGUGCACUGGAAAAUGUGCUAACCUUGGACAUAUUUUUCUAUCUGCAAAUCGCCUGGUACACACAGUAUAUGUUGUGUUCCUUUGUGAAUUCUGCUUGUUUUUUGGUGUGGCAGUGUGUCUGUGGCAGCCCUACAGGAGACUGUCACAGUGUUAUGGCCACCCUCAUCAGAUUCCUCACCCUAACAACAGUACAUGUUUAGCUUACAUUAUGUGUCCAGCUGUAUCCCAACAUGACGCUCAAUGUGACAACCUACCAGUGAUAAAGCUGCAUUACUACAAUAUGGUUUAAUAUUUCAGGUCACAACUGCUUGAACUUAGGACAUGCUCUACUCUGUACGGUCUGUUUUCAUCCAAACUGCAUAACUGUCUAUCCUUUGGAAGUUGGUUGUAUGCUGCAAGUGCAUACUACACUGCAUUGUGUGAAUUUAGCUGAUAAAUACCUGAUAAUGUUUUAGAAUGGCUAUAUUAAGUCCAGGUACAUGAAGAUGUGUUGGUAUGUUGGAAGUGUUGAUGCCUGUGUAUGGAUGCACUAUGUUAUGUACACGUAAGAAAGAAAUUUUGAUGAGCAAGAAUACCUGUAUGUGCAGCCACAUCUCAUAGGGGAUAGUAGAUUUGGAUGCAAGUUGACAAAGGCUUUUAUACCAGGUAACUAAAUGUAGAUCAUUAUCUGUACUGUUCUGGCCAGAAUUUGCACUAAGAGCACUUAAUAGAGCAUUAAUGUAGGUGGAUUCUGUGGUAGUAUGAUGAUGUUCAUAUUGAUGAACCCAAUGCUUCUUGACACACGGUAUGGAAUUCAGAUUGUGAGGUGGAUUGUAUGGUGGUAUGAUGAUGUUCAUAUUGAUGAACCCAAUGCUUCUUGACAUGCGGUAUGGAAUUCAGAUUGUGAGGUGGAUUGUAUGGUGGUAUGAUGAUGUUCAUAUUGAUGAACCCAAUGCUUCUUGACACACGGUAUGGUAUUCACAGUGUGAGGUGGAUUGUAUGGUGGUAUGAUGAUGUUCAUAUUGAUGAACCCAAUGCUUCUUGACACACGGUAUGGUAUUCAGAUUGUGAGGUGGAUUGUAUGGUGGUAUGAUGAUGUUCAUAUUGAUGAACCCAAUGCUUCUUGACACGCGGUAUGGAAUUCAGAUUGUGAGGUGGAUUGUAUGGUGGUAUGAUGGUGUCCAUAUUGAUGAACCCAAUGCUUCUUGACACAUGGUAUGGUAUUCACAGUGUGAGGUGGAUUGUAUGGUGGUAUGAUGGUGUCCAUAUUGAUGAACCCAAUGCGUCUUGACACACGGUAUGGAAUUCAGAUUGUGAGGUGGAUUGUAUGGUGGUAUGAUGGUGUCCAUAUUGAUGAACCCAAUGCUUCUUGACACACGGUAUGGAAUUCAGAUUGUGAGGUGGAUUGUAUGGUGGUAUGAUGGUGUCGAUAUUGAUGAACCCAAUGCUUCUUGACACACGGUAUGGAAUUCAGAUUGUGAGGUGGAUUGUAUGGUGGUAUGAUGAUGUUCAUAUUGAUGAACCCAAUGCUUCUUGACACACGGUAUGGUAUUCAGAUUGUGAGGUGGAUUGUAUGGUGGUAUGAUGAUGUCCAUAUUGAUGAACCCAAUGCUUCUUGACACGGUAUGGAAUUCAGAUUGUGAGGUGGAUUGUAUGGUGGUAUGAUGAUGAUCAUAUUGAUGAACCCAAUGCUUCUUGACACAUGGUAUGGUAUUCACAGUGUGAGGUGGAUUGUAUGGUGGUAUGAUGAUGUCCAUAUUGAUGAACCCAAUGCUUCUUGACACACGGUAUGGAAUUCAGAUUGUGAGGUGGAUUGUAUGGUGGUAUGAUGAUGUCCAUAUUGAUGAACCCAAUGCUUCUUGACACAAGGUAUUCUUCAUAUACAUGUACAUUGGUCCUGGGUCUUGCUGUAUAUUUGGUUCAUGCUGUGUAUGCUAACCCUGACAACAUACAUGUGUGUAGUUUUUGACUUAGUCAUACUUGGGUUCAUUGAUGAUAAAGUUGAGGCAUCACAACACAAAUGGGAAUGGUUUCACAAACUUUAGACCCUCUCACUCUAUACAUUGUUAUUGUCAAGUGUCAUACCUUGAGUACUUGUCAAGUGUCAUACCUUGAAAAACAUCCUAGCAAAAGGAUGAAAGCUUGUGAAACCUUCCACAUUUAUGUGCCGAUGCCUAUAAUCAUACAUGUAGUUUGCUGAAAUCAAGGGAGGGGAGGUAACUGGGUGAUACAUGUGGAUUACACAGGUUAAUUGCAAGCAGUCUGUAUUAAAUGAAGCUCUAGUGUACAUGUACGUAAACAUGACAGAGGCAUUUGGACAACAAUUCUAGAUUGUUUGUGGACUUGUGAGCCACAUCACUAUGUAUGGAGGGAUUAUAAUUGUAGCUACAGUUAGUACAUUAUCUGUCUAAGCUUCUCCCCCACAACUUACAUGUACCCACACAUAGCCAUGCCAGAUCCAUUUAAAACCCACCCUUUCACCUCGGUAUUUAUCUGUAGCAUGCAUCGUGGGAAGGUCUGCCUGCAAAAUGCAGAUUGUCAUGGGUUUCUCUCAGGCCCUGCCUGGUGUCCUCCCACCAUAAUACUGGCUGGCGUCAUAUAAGUGAAAUAUUCUUGAGUACGCAUAAAACACCAGUCAAAUGAAUAAGUUAAUACAUGUAUACAUACAUGUAUAUGUCUCUAGUAUCCAGCCACAUUUACAUGCAUGUCUGUAGUAUCCAGCGACAUUUAUGUCUUGCUUUGAUUUAGGAGACAGGAAAUGUUUUGGCACUAAGUGCUUUGAUAGCGACGUGUGUGCAGGAAUUUGGCAGAAAUGAAGUAUCAAUGGGUCCAUCCCACAUUUUUGAAGUUCUCUAGCCCCUAUAAGGCUACCAUAGUACAUAUAUGCCUUUCAUUCAAAUUUUUCUUUUGUUAAUUAAGGAAAGAUACACUUAAUAUGAAAAUCUUGAUUAAUGUGUAAGCAUAUUAUAUAUAAUUAUAUAGUCCUUAACCUUGAACACUUUGCAAUAGUUAUCUCUGCACAGUUUGAUCUGUAUGAGUUUUAUAGCGUGAAGUUUGUAUUGUGUUUGGAGCUUGUACAGUACUUUGUAUAAUAGUGUCGAGGUAGGUUGUUAUAAACAAUGUGCAGGUAGGAUUUAUGAUUGAAACGCAUCAGGUAGAUGUGCCAUGCCCUGUAACAGUACAGCUGAUAUCUGUGAUAAUUUAUACUCUAUACAUUAAAAAUUGUUACUGAAAAUUGAGAGAUGGAAGUACAGAUAGUUUGUAUUAAAACACAAGAUUAAUAUUUCCGGGUAAAUAAGAGUUUUGGAGCACAUAACAGGCAUGUGUUUGUGUGAUUUGAUGUUGUGACAAUGCUGCUUGUUCCAGACCACUAUACACAUUUAUAUAAUGGUUAAAAAUGCAGGUGACAUAAUUAGUCAUUAUCAGGGUUAGAUCCAGGAAUUGUGGAUGUGUCCUAGCAUAAUCGAGGGAGUGGAGGGCUGAUGUGGGAGGAGGGGUUUUAGGGAGACCAUGAAACUAACCAGUAGAUACAGUCUUUCAUUUUUUUUAUCUGAUUUAAAAAAAAAAAAUUGAAAUUUUUGUAAAAUAUAUUCAUUUGAUUUUGUACCUGUCCUUGUCACUGAUUUUGUACCUGUCCUUGUCACUGAUAUUGCCAGGUCCUGGAUCUUUCAUUGAUUUUGUACCUGCCUUGUCACUGAUUUUGUACCUGUCCUUGUCCCUGAUGUUGUCAGGUCCCAGAUCUAUCACUGAUCUUAUACCUGUUCAUAUCACUGAUUUUGUACCUGUCCUUGUCCCUGAUGUUGUCAGGUCCCAGAUCUAUCACUGAUCUUAUACCUGUUCAUAUCACUGAUUUUGUACCUGUCCUUGUCCCUGAUGUUGACAGGUCCCAGAUCUAUCACUGAUCUUAUACCUGUUCUUGCCACUGAUAUUGCCAGGCCCCAGAUCUAUCAUUGAUUUUGUACCUGUCCUUGUCACUGAUGUUGCCAGGUCCCAGAUCUAUCAUUGAUUUUGUACCUGUCCUUGUCACUGAUGUUGACAGGUCCCAGAUCUAUCACUGAUCUUAUACCUGUCCUUGUCACUGAUUGUGUACCUGUCCUUGUUACUGAUGUUGCCAGGUCCCAGAUCUAUCAUUGAUUUUGUACCUGUCCUUGUCAUUGAUUUUGUACCUGUCCUUGUCCCUGAUGUUGACAGGUCCCAGAUCUAUCACUGAUCUUAUACUUGUCCUUGUCACUGAUUCUGUACCUGUUUUUGUCACUGAUGUUGCCAGGUCCCAGAUCUGUCAUUGAUUUUGUACCUGUUCUUGUCCCUGAUGUUGACAGGUCCCAGACCUAUCACUGAUCUUAUACCUGUCCUUGUCACUGAUUCUGUACCUGUUCUUGUCACUGAUGUUGCCAGGUCCCAGAUCUAUCAUUGAUUUUGUACCUGUCCUUAUCACUGAUGUUGCCAGGUCCCAAAUCUAUCAUUGAUCUUGUACAUGUCCUUUUCACUGAUGUUGCCAGGUCCCAGAUCUAUCAUUGAUUUUGUACCUGUCCUUCUCGCUGAUUUUGUACCUGUCCUUGUCACUGAUGUUGACAGGUUCUAGAUCUAUCACUGAUCUUAUACCUGUCCUUGUCACUGAUUUUGUACCUGCCCUUGUCACUGAUUUUGUACCUGUCCUUGUCACUGAUUUUGUACCUGUCCUUGUCACUGAUUUUAUACCUGUCCUUGUAACUUAUGUUGCCAGGUCAUAGAUCUAUCAUUGAUUUUGUCCCUGCCUUCUCACUGAUUUUGUACCUGUCCUUGUCACUUAUGUUGCCAGGUCCCAGAUCUAUCACUGAUCAUGUGCAACAAUUUGGCUGCAACUUCCAUGAAUAGUUGAUGAUGUUGAACUGUAGAUAUCCUGUUUCACUGUUAUUGUUACCUGUCAAGGCCACGUUCUGGACAAACAUGUACACGCACAUUGUGUGGGAGCAUACUCUGGUAAUACAUGUACAUGUACAUUGUGUGGGCGCAUACUCUGGUAAUACAUGUGCAUUGUGUGACCACAUACUCUGGUAAUACAUGUACAUUGUGUGGGCGCAUACUCUGGUAAUACAUGCACAUUGUGUGGGCACAUACUCUGGUAAUACAUGUGCAUUGUGUGGGCACAUACUCUGGUAAUACAUGUACAUUGUGUGGACGCAUACUCUGGUAAUACAUGCACACUGUAUGGGCACAUACUCUGGUAAUACAUGUGCAUUGUGUGGGCACAUACUCUGGUAAUAUAUGUACAUGUACAUUAUGUGGGCACAUACUGUGGUAAUACAUGUACAUUGUGUGGGCACAUACUCUGGUAAUGCAUGUACAUUGUGUGGGUGCAUACUCUGGUAAUACAUGUACAUUGUGUGGGCGCAUACUCUGGUAAUACAUGUGCAUUGUGUGGGCACAUACUCUGGUAAUACAUGUACAUUGUGUGGGCAUAUACUCUGGUAAUACAUGUACAUUGUGUGGGCGCAUACUCUGGUAAUACAUGUACAUUGUGUGGGCACAUACUCUGUUAAUACAUGUACAUUGUGUGGGCACAUACUCUGUUAAUACAUGUACAUGCACAUUGUGUGGGCACAUACUCUGGUCAUUCAUGUACAUUGUGUGGGCACAUACUCUGGUAAUACAUGUACAUUGUGUGGGCACAUACUCUGUUAAUACAU